UGCCUCGGGGAGGGCAAGUUGAUUCACCCGGUCUUGUGUGUGUGUUUCCCCUGUGAGACCGAUGAGGGCUGGCGGCGAUGCUGAGCGGAGUCACGGCGGGACUCGCAGGGCGAGGAAGGUGUGUGUCUGAGUGAGUGAGUGAGUGUACACACUCCACAGCAGAAGCGCGACACGAUCGUCUGAACUUGACGGAAACCAGUUGGUGACGCCCUAAAGCGCAAACCAGCCCAGGAACACCAGAGAGAACUUCUUUAAACACCAACGCCGAGGACUGCUUCAACAACCCUCUCGACCGGCGACUGAAGGGACCACCUGGACUCCUGGUAUGCUGGAAGAUGGCCCUGGGCGGCAUCAAGACGGCCAGCGGGGACUACAUCGACGCUUCGUGGGAGCUGAAGAUCGCCGUCGAGGAGCUGGGCCCUGAAGCAGACCCUAUUACGCUGCGGGUCACGGGCGACGUUCACAUCGGCGGUGUGAUUCUGCAGCUGGUGGAGAAAAUUGAUAUCAAGAAGAACUGGUCGGACCAUGCGCUGUGGUGGGAGCAGAAGAACAACUGGCUGCUCAAGACCAACUGGACGCUGGACAAGUGUGGCAUCCAGGCCGACGCCAAGCUGGUCUUCACACCCCAGUCCAAGUCGAUCCGGCUGCAGCUCCCCAACAUGAAGUCGGUGAGGCUCAAGGCCAGCUUCUCCAGCCCCGUCUUCCGGGCCGUGAUUGGCAUCUGCGAGAUUCUCGACAUACGGCGCCCUGAGGAGCUCUCCCUCCUCAGGCCAGUGGACGACCCCAGUCAGAGGAAGAAGAAGAAGGACCAGGAGAACGAGCAGGAGGAGGUGGUGGACUUGGAGAAAUUUGCGUUACCUCAGGGCUCAAAGAACCAGCGUUUCCACCACCCGAACGGGGUGCACUACCUGCGCGAGACGGAGGAGGGCGAGGCUGGCUACAGGGUCCUGGCCGUCAGCCAGCCUAACGUGGCGCCCGAGGUGCUGGCAAAGAUGGGCCGGCCCGGCUCCGUGGUCGACAAGGCGCAGAUCCACAGCAGGUGGCUGGACUCCUCCCGCUCACUCAUGUCUCAGGGUAUCAAGGAGAACGACCGGCUUCUGCUGCGCUUCAAGUACUUCAGCUUCUACGACCUGGACACCAAGUACGACGUGGUGAGGAUCAACCAGCUGUACGAGCAGGCCAGGUGGGCGGUCCUUCUGGAGGAGAUCGAGUGCACGGAGGAGGAGAUGAUGAUGUUUGGAGCUCUACAGUACCACAUUAACAAGUGCUCGCAGUCGGGGGAGAUCGAGGAAACCCAGAAGGACUCAGACCUGGACGAGGUGGAGGCCGCGCUCUCCACUCUGGAGGUGAAGCUGGAGGGGUCGAACCCGAAGGAUGUCCUGGACAGCAUCACCUCGAUCCCGGAGCUGCAGGACAACCUCAAGCUCUUCAGGCCCAAGAAGCUAACACUGAAGGCCUACAAGCAGUACUGGUGUAUAUUCAAAGAGAUGACGGUGUCCUGUUAUAAAAGUCAGCAGUCCUUUGGUGAGCCAGUCCACCAGAUGAACCUGAAAGGUUGCGAGGUCACUCCUGAUGUCAACAUCAGCGCCCAGAAGUUCUGCAUCAAGCUCCUGGUCCCCGCUCCAGAGGGGAUGAACGAGGUUAUCCUGCGCUGUGAGAACGAGGAGCAGUACGCCAAGUGGAUGGCAGCCUGUCGGUUAGCGGCCAAGAGCAAGACCAUGGCGGACAGCUCGUACCAGAGCGAGGUUCAGAACAUCCGCUCCUUCCUGACCAUGCAGAGGACCAACUCCAAGCCACAGGCCGCCUCCGAGGCUGGGGCCGAGGACAUCAACACCAAGUCCCUGGUGUCCCACCGUUACCAGAAGAAGUACAAAAUCAAACAGUUAACCCCUCGCAUCCUGGAGGCCUACCAGAACAUCGACAAGCUCUCGCUCAUGGAGACCAAGAUGAAGUUCAUCCAGGCCUGGCAGUCGCUCCCGGAGUUCGGCCUCUCCUACUUCGUCGUCAGGUUCAAGGGCUGUAAGAAAGAGGAGGUGCUGGGCAUCGCGCCCAACCGCCUGAUCCGCAUCGACCUCGGAGUCGGCGACGUGGUGAAGACGUGGAGGUUCAACAACAUGAGGCAGUGGAACGUCAACUGGGACAUCCGGCAGGUGGCCAUCGAGUUUGAUGAGAACAUCAACAUUGCCUUCAGCUGCGUGACGGCCGACUGCAAGAUCGUGCACGAGUACAUCGGCGGCUACAUCUUCCUGUCCACCCGGGCCAAGGACCAGAGCGAGACCCUGAAUGAGGAACUCUUCCACAAACUAACCGGGGGCCACGAAGCACUCUGAUCGGCCUACCGCCGGGAGGGCCCCCGCUCCGCCACCGACGCCAAGAGGAUUCACUGAGCUUUUGAGAAACUGAAAACAAUAGUCCCUUUCAACUCGGCUAACUAAGAUUAAUCUCACUAAUCCAGCAAGCAGCAGCGCGCACGGCUUUGAGGGCGCAGGACCUCUGUGUUUCCGGGGUUGGGGGCGCUUUGAAUAUUUCUUUGCGGUUACUGUGGGUGGGAAGUUCAGGUCCCAUCCAACAUUCUGGCCGGCUGAUACUGGCUUACCACCAGCCCCGUCUCCCCCCUGAUGCUGUUAGGCUGCCCUUUGCCGUGAGAUGUUCGUGCCACCGACACCCGUCCGUCUUCUAAUCUGCUCCCUCUUCCCCUCCUUUUCUCAACCUAUCCUGCUCUCAGGUUACACAGCUGGUAGACCUAGAGCUCCUCUCCUCCAUCUCUCCUCGUCCUCUUUCUCUGCCUCCUUCACCCCUCCUUUUCUCUCUCGCUCCCUCCCCCCUUCCUUUCUCGCGCUCUCCCCACCCCUUCCCAUUCACUCCCACCGUCCGCACUCCCAAUGGGACCCCACCCCCUCCCAUUCACUCCCAAUGGGACCCCACCUCUCCCCAUUCACUCCCACCGUCCACACUCCCAAUGGGACCCCACCCCCUCCCAUUCACUCCCACCGUCCACACUCCCAAUGGGACCCCACCCCCUCCCAUUCACUCCCAAUGGGACCCCACCCCUUCCCAUUCACUCCCAAUGGGACCCCACCCCUUCCCAUUCACUCCCACCGUCCGCACUCCCAAUGGGACCCCACCCCCUCCCAUUCACUCCCAAUGAGACCCCACCCCUUCCCAUUCACUCCCACCGUCCACACUCCCAAUGGGACCCCACCCCUCCCAUUCACUACCAAUGGGACCCCACCCCUCCCAUUCACUCCCAAUGAGACCCCACCCCUUCCCAUUCACUCCCACCGUCCACACUCCCAAUGGGACCCCACCCCUCCCAUUCACUCCCAAUGGGACCCCACCCCUUCCCAUUCACUCCCACCGUCCACACUCCCAAUCGGACCCCACCCCCUCCCAUUCACUCCCAAUGGGACCCCACCCCCCUCCCAUUCACUCCCACCGUCCACACUCCCAAUGGGACCCCACCCCUUCCCAUUCACUCCCAAUGGGACCCCACCCCCUCCCAUUCACUCCCAAUGUGACCCCACCCCUUCCCAUUCACUCCCAAUGUGACCCCACCCCCUCCCAUUCACUCCCACUGUCCACACCCCCAGUGGGACCCCACCCCCUCCCAUUCACUCCCACCAUCCGCACUCCCAGUGGGACCCCACCCCCUCCCAUUCACUCCCACCGUCCGCACUCCCAGUGGGACCCCACCCCCUCCCAUUCACUCCCACCGUCCGCACUCCCAGUGGGACCCCCACCCCCCUCCCAUUCACUCCCACUGUCCGCACUCCCAAUGGGACCCCACCCCCUCCCAUUCACUCCCACUCUCCGCACUCCCAGUGGACCUGCUGACUGCAGUUCAGUCGCCGAUGGUCCCAAGCUGUCCACGUUACUGCACAGUGCAUCGUUGAAUCAGUGUACCCAAAAGAUCGCAAGAAUGAAACGAUGUUUGUGGGGGAGCUCACCGUGCAUCUGAACCCGCGGCGAAUCUGUACAUAAUCGGGCAAUUCACAAACGACAUCUUUAUACGAAAGACGAAGAGAGGUUGGAAUAAUGUUCAUUAGUAACAUGCACACUGUCCAACAGAACGUUAAAGCACACGGUUUUCAUCUUGCUUUUGAGAAAUCGGAGUAUUUGUUAUAUUUAAACAAUAAAUUUUUUCUUCUUCUGCA